AUGGACACACUCUCCGAUGAUGAUGAGUUCACGCGCCGGGAACCCCAGAUCAGCAGCCUGGUGGCAGCUCGGGGCGAGGCGGCUGUGGGCGGCGCGGCCGUCCAGCGUGUGGGUGCCGCAGUCUGCUGCGCCGUGGAACGAUUCGUAGCAGUCGGUGAAACAAUCGCCGAUGAUAACCCUGACGUGCGACACAGCAUGGUGCUUGCAUGCAAGGAAGCCAGAGCUGCAGUUGCUGAUUGCAAAGAAAGAUCGAAGAACCUACGAGGUUGCUAUACAAGACAUUCAAAAAACAACAGACCCUCUGGUUCUUCAGCAAAACAUGUAAAGCUCUAUUAUUUAGCUGACCAUCUUCAGUUUUUAGAUCGGUACACUAAAUCUAGGCAAUCAAAAGGCAUAUUUAAUAAAGAAGAGCAAAACACCGAAAUACACCAGGAAACACUAAAUGAAAUAGAUGAUGAACAUGCAUUAAGUCGUGAAUUUAAUAACCCUCCUCCUGCUAUUUCUGUAACUAAUGAAAUAGAAGCCUGUAGCCAGGAAACUGAAAAUUUCUCAAGACCAAGUCAAUUAAAAAGGAAAAAAGUUUCUUUGAGCGAAGUAAACGCAGCUGCUAAGGAAUAUUUUCAGUCAAGGCAAAAAAUUUCAAAGCACAAUGAAAAUCAGGAUCCAGAUUUUGCAUUUUUCUAUAGCUUACUUCCUGACGUCAAAGAUAUGAAUCGUGACCAAAAAAGAAGAUUUAAAAUGGAUGUUCUUAAAUUAGCCAAUGACAUAUUACAAGAAAAUAUUCCUCAAGAACAUGCAACAAUGUCAAAUUUCAAACCGUAUAUGUAG